CCCUCCCUCCGCCUCCCUCUCCCUCUCUCCCUCUCUCCCCGAACUGCCCAGGAGUGAGCAGCUGCUCUCAGACGACCCAACACACAGACACAGGGACUGGCCGAUUCCUCAGGCUGCCCACCAGCCAGCGCGUGCCCACCGCUUGCCCUCCUCAGGCACGCCCACCAUGUGGCCCCUGUGGCCUCUUGCGGCCCUGCUGGCCCUGAGCCAGGCCCUGCCCUUUGAGCAAAAAGCCUUCUGGGACUUCACUCUGGACGAUGGGCUGCCCAUGCUGAAUGAUGAGGAAGCUUCUGGUGCAGAAACAACCUCGGGCAUCCCAGACCUGGACUCCCUCCCACCCACCUACAGCGCCAUGUGCCCUUUUGGCUGCCACUGCCAUCUGCGGGUUGUUCAGUGCUCCGACCUGGGUCUGAAGGCUGUGCCCAAGGAGAUCUCGCCCGACACCACCCUGCUGGACCUGCAGAACAAUGACAUCUCUGAGCUCCGAAAAGAUGAUUUCAAAGGCCUCCAGCACCUCUACGCCUUGGUCCUCGUAAACAACAAGAUCUCCAAGAUCCACGAGAAGGCCUUCAGUCCCCUGCGGAAGCUGCAGAAGCUCUACAUCUCCAAGAACCACCUGGUGGAGAUCCCUCCCAACCUGCCCAGCUCCCUGGUGGAGCUCCGCAUCCAUGACAACCGCAUCCGCAAGGUGCCCAAGGGCGUGUUCAGUGGGCUUCGCAAUAUGAACUGCAUUGAGAUGGGUGGGAACCCCCUGGAGAACAGUGGCUUUGAACCUGGAGCCUUUGAUGGCCUGAAGCUCAACUACCUUCGCAUCUCCGAGGCCAAGCUCACUGGCAUCCCCAAAGACCUCCCCGAGACCCUCAAUGAACUCCACCUGGACCACAACAAAAUCCAGGCAAUUGAGCUAGAAGAUCUGCUCCGCUACUCCAAGUUGUACAGGCUGGGCCUGGGCCACAACCAGAUCCGCAUGAUUGAGAACGGGAGCCUGAGUUUUCUGCCCACGCUGCGGGAGCUGCACUUGGACAACAACAAGCUGUCCAGGGUACCGGCUGGUCUUCCAGACCUCAAGCUCCUCCAGGUGGUCUAUCUGCACACCAACAACAUCACCAAAGUGGGCGUCAACGACUUCUGCCCGGUGGGCUUCGGGGUCAAGCGGGCCUACUACAACGGCAUCAGCCUCUUCAACAACCCUGUGCCCUACUGGGAGGUGCAGCCGGCCACCUUUCGCUGCGUCACUGACCGCCUGGCCAUCCAGUUUGGCAACUAUAAAAAGUAGAGGCUGUGGCAGCCGCUGUGGUGGUGGCCUGGGAAGGGUCUCUUGGGGUGCAUGGCACGUGUCCUGAAGGGGCAGCAAAGCAAGGGAGCCAAGCCCUGCCUUCGACCCCCACCCUCCACUCACGGCCCCUUGACACCCCCACACUGGCUCCCAAGUGUGCAGGUGGGGCAUGAUGCCUGGGCCCCAUCACAUGCCCCGUGGCUUCAGAGCUGCCCCUGCCCACCCACAUCAUACCCAUUCAGAGGCGCCCCCCCACCAAGCUUUCUUCCCAUUCACCCCAAAAGCAAAUGAUCUGAGGCUCCAGUCCAAGGAAAACGGUCCUUGGGUCUGGGGGGAUCAAGGAUGGAGACCCCACUAAGCCCACCCCACCUGCCAGACUCACAUCACUCCUCAGCCCAGCCGGCUACCUUUGUCCUCCUCAGCCCCCUGCCAUCCUUCUGCAAGUUCAUGGCCCCCCAGGGCAGCCUCCUGGGUCUCCUGGCCCCUGGACCAGUCUUGUCCAGCUCUCUCUGUCUGUCCCCCCCACCCUCGUUUCUGACAUACUUGGGCUAGGUCUGCUUUCUGUUCCUCUGGGCUCUGCCCAGCCCUUACCCAGGCAGGCAGGAGUGGGGGACAGCUGCCCUCCUACUCUGCCCAGGCUCACCCAAAGCCUGGGUGAUCCUUCUGGAACCCAGCAGACAGGGAGGUGCUGCACCCUCUCCUCCACAGCCAAGAGUGGAGCCCUGGGCUCAGCCAGACGCUGAGGGUCUGUCCCACUGGAGUUCCCAUCACACUUCUCACUGUCCAUCUUCCCCCCAUGAUGGCUCAGUCUCCCCUCCCCUUGCCUUCUGGCCUCUGGUCUGGUGGGGGUUUCAAACCAUCACACCCAGCUUGAGGAGGGGCUGCUUCUGAGGUCGAUUGUUGUCUUUCAAUUAAAGAAACACUGUGCAAUAA